AUGAAAAACCAACAAGAUUUAGGAACCAGUGAUCACCAAGGAAUCUCUACAAAGAGAAAACACAGCAGGAACAACAACAACAACGGCAAUAGCCGAGACUUGGAAGAGUUUAAAAUCCCAAAUGAGAUGCAAGAUCUCGAUGAAGAUGAAAAGGAUUUUGAUCUUACACUUUCUUUAUCUUUUGGCCCGAGAUCUAAAAAGAAAACCACCUUACACACUACAAAACCACAGUUAUCCUUGUCAUUGCCACCACCUGUGACAUCAAAAUCAUUAUCAGUGACUUAUCAAACAUUGCCCCAACAUCAAGAAAUCCCACAUAUUGAAAUCGCUGCAGCCCGGAAUAUGACACCGAGGUCUCUUGACCCUUUUUGGCUUUCUACUUCACAUGCACUGCUCGCUGAAGUUCCUCUGACUGAGCCAUUAUUAUACACUACUGCUCCAAUAAACCAAAAAAGUCCCAUGGCUGGUCCAUCUCGCGCUCCACGCACACGCCGGAACCCUUCUCUGGGUGUACCUCGCGAAGGGAAAGGGGAAACUGUUCCUGUCUUGUACUCCUGGGCCAUUGACCGGCGCGCAAUGGUACAUAGCCUGGACUAUUUGCUUUCAAGAAAAAUAGAAACCAUUACUGGUUUUGUCCAGUGCAAGAGAUGUGAAAAACAAUAUGAAAUAGGGUUUGACUUGGAAGCCAAGUUUGCUGAAAUUGGUGCAUUUAUCGCUAAAAAUAAGAGUUUCAUGCAUGAUAGAGCACCAAGUGUUUGGAUGAAUCCAACAUUGCCCAAGUGCCAAUUUUGCGAGCAGGAAAAUAGCUCCAAGCCGGUGAUUGCCAACAAGAAGAGGAAGAUUAAUUGGUUGUUUUUGCUUUUAGGGCAAAUGUUAGGAUGUUGUACUCUUGAUCAGUUGAAGUAUUUUUGCAAGCACACAAAGAAUCAUCGAACUGGGGCUAAGGAUCGUGUUCUUUUUCUUGCUUAUCUUGGAUUGUGUAAACAACUUGAUCCCAAUGGCCUUUUUGAUCGCUGA